AGAAUCACAGAGCAGGGUUCAUGCCUGCAGCCCCCGCACAGCUGUUCCAUCCUCCCGAGGGCGGCCGGGCCGCCGCACAGCCGGUCCCGUGUGCGCGGGGAAAGUUCCUGGAGCUUCCAGACCCUCAGCGAAUCCACGCCGCCGUCUCGGGGCACAACUGCCUUGCCCGGAGCUCUUAAUGUGAAGGGGCCGGCGCGACCCUGGAGCCGCUGACGUGUGGGAGCGGGGAGGGGAGUGACCGGGACGCCGCCUGGGUGUCGUGCCUCCGUCCGGGUCCCUCCGGUCCCCCGUUCCGCUCCGCGAUGGCGCUCCCGGGCCCGCGCCCCGCUGCCAUCCCGGAGGGCGAGGAGGUCCCCCCGGCGGCCUGUAACGGGGAACACCGGGCGCCCUGCGGCCAGGAUGAGAGGGCCGUGUCCAGGCUACAGCGCAGGCACAGCGACGUCAGGGUCUACAAGGAGUUUUGUGACUUCUACAUCAAAUUCAACAUGGCCAACGCCCUGGCCAACGCCAGCUGUGAGCGCUGCCGGGGCGGCUUCGCGCCCGCCGAGAAGAUCGUCAACAGCAACGGCGAGCUGUACCACGAGCAGUGCUUCGUGUGUGCCCAGUGCUUCCAGCAGUUCCCCGAGGGCCUCUUCUACGAGUUUGAAGGAAGGAAGUACUGUGAACAUGACUUUCAGAUGCUCUUUGCUCCGUGCUGUCACCAGUGUGGGGAAUUCAUCAUCGGCCGAGUGAUCAAAGCCAUGAACAACAGCUGGCACCCCGAGUGUUUCCGCUGUGACCUCUGCCAGGGGGUCCUGGCAGACAUCGGGUUUGUCAAGAGCGCCGGGAGACACCUGUGUCGCCCCUGCCAUAACCGAGAGAAAGCCCGAGGCCUUGGGAAAUACAUCUGCCAGAAGUGUCACGCCAUCAUUGACGAGCAGCCUCUGAUAUUCAAGAACGACCCGUACCAUCCAGACCACUUCAACUGUGCCAACUGCGGGAAGGAGCUGACCGCCGACGCCCGGGAGCUGAAGGGGGAGCUGUACUGCUUGCCGUGCCACGACAAGAUGGGGGUCCCCAUCUGUGGUGCCUGCCGCCGGCCGAUCGAAGGGCGCGUGGUGAACGCCAUGGGCAAGCAGUGGCACGUGGAGCAUUUUGUUUGUGCCAAGUGUGAGAAACCGUUUCUCGGACAUCGCCAUUACGAGAGGAAGGGCCUGGCGUACUGUGAAACCCACUACAACCAGCUAUUUGGUGAUGUUUGUUUCCACUGCAACCGUGUUAUAGAAGGUGAUGUGGUCUCCGCGCUCAACAAGGCCUGGUGCGUGCACUGCUUCGCCUGUUCCACCUGCAGCGCCAAGUUAACGCUCAAGAAUAAGUUUGUGGAGUUUGACAUGAAGCCAGUCUGUAAGAAAUGCUAUGAGAAAUUUCCGUUGGAGCUGAAAAAAAGACUUAAGAAGCUAGCUGAGACCUUAGGAAGGAAAUAACUUCAUUUUAUUUUUUCUCUUCUAUGCAAAGAUAAGAGAUUACAACAUUGCUUGACCUGAUACACCCUUACUUAAAGCUGCAUCGCAAAAUAGUUGAGAGUGAAGAGGACCUAUUGAAUGGUUUUCUUCAUCUCCUUUUUCUCAUUAAAAAAAGUUUGUGUAAUCAUAUUUAAAACAUGGAUGAGAUCAAAAUUUGCCUUUGUUAGUAACCCUUAUCAAUUUGAAAUGUCAACUGUACUUAAUAGCAAAAGAAACAUGGUUAAAUGUUAAAUUUUAAUUGAGGUCCAAAAAGUUAAAUAUAACUUUUAAAAAUGAAAGUAAGGAGUCAGCUUUUACAUGACUCAGAUAAAAAAUAUAAACACUAUUUAACUUUGUACUCAAAAGCAAAUUAAUUGCAACUGCAGUUUGGGAGGCUAUAAGAAAGAAAAACAACCAAUCAAGAAAAACAGACCUUACAGAAUCUUAGUACAUUUAUCAAACUAGUGGCUGUAAAAUGAAUAUGCACAUUACUAAGAUAAAAAACAAGUAUAUUCAGAACUACUUGAUUUGGGGAUUUUUGUUGUUAUGGUUAAAUGCCAUAAUUACUAUGCUUAGUUUUAUAUUUUAUUCUCCUUGUGAACUUCUUCAUACAAUAAUUACUUAACAUAGUAGUUAGUUAGCUGAUAGUAUUCCUUUCUAAAUUUUGUGCAAAAAAAUUUAUACUAGGUAUUUGAAAAUACAGUAUACUUUACAAUAUUGGGAAAAUGAAGUAUUUUUUAAUGUAUUACAGCAAUUAUGCUUAAGGUUAAGGUCAAAAAUGUAGUCUUAGAAUAGGACAUGAAAUUAAAUGUUAUGUAGUUUGGAAUGUAUCACUUAAAAAAAAAGUGAAUGUAUAUGUAUUGCUCAUAUUGCCUUUAUAACCAUGCUAAUAUCUAUGCUUUAUACAUAAAUGAACUUGCCUUGCCUUAGAAAAAUACAUACAUUAAUCAGGAAUUCUAGCUGUUUCAGACCUUACGAACUAAAAACAAGUGCAUUGACUGAGAUUUGUAAACUCAAAUUCAUUUACCACAGCUAUGAUUAGAUGUUAAAAUUUUUUUCACUUUUUGGGGAAACACAUUGAAAUUAAUUUCUGUAAUCUUACUAGAAGAGAAUGAUGUUGAUGUGUGUUUCAAAUUUUUCAUUACAAAUCUCAUAAUUAGAUUUUAUUUACUAUAAGUAGGAGGUAUAAAUGACACUCUUAAAUUGGAAGAGGAAUGUUCAAGUAUCAAUUUUAGGUCAAAAGGAGUGAAUUAUUUUACUUUGUAAAAAGUUUUAUCCUGAAGUUUCUGGACCAGUCUUUCCUGAUAAACUUGUAUGCAAAGCAAAUUUUGUGAACAUUUUUUAAAUGUUGCUGCUGCUAUGUUAUCACAUAAAAGAAAGUUGCCAAGAUGGACUUAGGGGAAAAUUAUUGGUUUUUCCAAAAAUUGCUGAAAUAUUGUCUUACCAUUAAAACAAAAACUCAGGAUGCUACCAGUCUGCCAUUAAAAUAUUUGUACACAUGUAUUUUUUAAACAUUUGUGCAUGCACUUUACAGAGUAAACUGUAUGUCAGUCUUCAGUUAAUUUAUAACCAAUUGCUUUAUUUUUUAGUGUUCUUUUAGAGUUCAAAGAAUUAUCAGUGAUUGAAGAUAAUCAAUAUAUAGUUUAGGACUGUGCUUAGAAGUCUGAAACUGUCUUUGCAUUUGACAGCAAGAAUCAAAAUCCCUUCAGCGUGCCUUUGUCAGCUAAUAUAUGACCAGCAACAAAAAUCUUCAAAGUAUUUAUUAAAUACUGUACUGUGGAUACAGGCAGAAUAGUGCAGGGUUUUCAGUCUGGGGUCUUGAGGCUAAAUUCCUAAAUGCUCUCACACCGGAAAUUCGGAGCAGAGGCUCCCGUUUGCCUGUGUUCCUAAUCACUGGGAAGAGGCAUGGGCUCAACUGCUGCCAGGUUUACGUCUCUCCUGCAGCCAGAGGCCCCACUGCUCACCCCUCUCAUAAAAUACGAGUUUGUAUUUCCUGCAAGUCUGCCCCGUUGAGCCUCCAAGGCUGUGGGGUGUUUUAUCCAGACACACACCUCCUCCGCUUUAGGGGACACAGAGCCCUCACUCGUGGGGGGAGGAAGGGCCGAACAGUUGUCAGUGGACGAGAGGACGGAAUUGCUUACUUCACGGUGUUUUGCACGGCUUCCUCUGGCCGGAGAGAAACUCAGGCUAGUGAGCAAAUCUUGGCUUAAAAUCCUACAAGGCAGUUUGAAAUAAUUCACUGUUUACCACUUCUAGGUGGUCUUUUUCUUAUCAAGCCUAAGAUAAUUGGGAAAACAUUUGGGUACAAGUCAAAUGUUCUUUGGAUCAUGUUCAAAGCCUUAUUAACAUUGUAACUGAUGGUAGAUCAUUUUGCCUCAUUUAUUUGCCAAAAUAGCAAUUUCUAAAUUAAGGAAAUUUUGAGGUCAGCUUACAGCAUUGUUAUUGUAUUUCAUUUUAGAUUGUAAGCUCAGUGGCAGGGACACUAUGUCAAUAAUUGUGUUUUUACAUAGCAACCCGUGCAGUAUACUCUUGGUGCUUAAUAAAUGUUCAUAAUUGUUAAAAAUACUGUUGUGUUUUGCUUAACUUGAAUGGCUUUGAGACAUGGAACCAUGAGAAUAUAGGACUAGUGCUUAAGAAAGUUGUUUUGGAAACAACCUAAGCAUCCAUUGACGGAUGAAUGAAUGAAAAAAUGUGGUCUAUAUAACAAUGGAAUAUUAUUCAGCCAGAGAUAAGAAGGGAAUCUUUCCGUUUAUGACAACGUGGAUAGGACACUAUGCUAAGUGAAAUAAGUCAGAGAAAGACAAAUACUGUAUGAUCUCACUUAUAUGUGGAAUCAUUAAAAGAAACUCCAAUAAUCAAAAAGCAAGAGUCAUAAAAAAAAACCAAGAACAGACUGGUGGUUGUCAGAGGUGGGGUGGGAGGGUGGAGGUGGGCAAAAUGGGUGAAGAGGGUCAAGAGAUACAAACUUCCAGUUAUAAAAUAAACAAUUCAUAGGGACAUCAUGUACAGCAUGGUGACUAUAGUUAUUAAUACUGAGUUGCACGUUUGAAAGUUGCUAAAGAAUAGAUCUUAAAAGUUCUCAUCAUAAGAAAAACAUGUUAAAACUGCAUGGUGGGGACUUCCCUGGUGGCGCAGUGGUUAAGAAUCCGCCUGCCAAUGCAGGGGACACGGGUUCGAUCCCUGGUCCGGGAAGAUCCCACAUGCCGCGGAGCAACUAAGCCCGUGCACCACAACUACUGAGCCUGCACUCUAGAGCCCGUGAGCCACAACUACUGAGCCCGCAUGCUGCAACUACGGAAGCCCGCGCACCUAGAGUCCGUGCUCCACAACAAGAGAAGCCACCGCAAUGAGAGGCCCGCUCGCCGCAACUAGAGAAAACCUGCACACAGCAACGAAGACCCAAUGCAGCCAAAAAUAAAUUAAUUAAUUUUUUAAAAAUUCCAGGAAAAAAAAACUGCAUGGUGAUAGAUGUUAACUAGACAUUGUGAUCAUUUUGCAAUGCGUACAGAUAUGGAAUCAUUAUGUUGUACACCUGAAACUAACUUGAUGUUAUAGGUCAGUUACACUUCCAAUUUUAAAAAGUUCCACAUUUUUUUUUAAAAGCCAUUUUAAACUUUUA